AUGGCUGACUGGACACAUGUAUUCAAGGCUGUUUUGGAUGAGCACAAGAUAGCCUAUGUUUCCGCCAAAGGAAACACAACCAAGAGAGCUACGAUCCUCAAAAGUAUCAAGGAUACUAUAGUUCAAACUGAUCAGGCGAAGGAUCCUUCUACCAUGCUUCCAGAUAAUAAUCUUCGUAAAGCUAUUCGUACAUAUUACUUGCGGUUCCUGGAGGAUGACGAGGAUCGGGAUCUUGAGGAAAAAAUCAUACAGGGAGGUCAUAAACUCAUGUCUGGUCCAGGCAUUGUCACUGUAGACAUGGUCAAAGACUGUAAGGAUGAUAAGCCUCUGGAUGCUGCAGCUUUCAAGACCAAAUUCUCACCUUUUGAUGUCGCUCAGAAAUUGUUCAAAGAAGAAAUUGGGGAGUAUGACAAGAAGCAUCGCGACACCUCUGAUUUAAGGUCCAUGGGGACAAGGACAAAGCUGGUUUGGUCCUGGUACAAUGCCCUGUCACCAGCUGUGCUUGAGGAGCUCAGACUUGUGGCAGAAAAGUGGAACCAGGAAGGUCCUCAUUCUGAUGCAAAGGACAGAUACCACAGCCGACACCAGAAGAAAAUCAUGGAGGACUUCAUAAAGAUGGCAGGAAGAACUAUGGGCUUACAUAUUGUGAUUCUUGCAGCUCAUGAUAGAGGGGAGGGAAAAAUGCCUGGAACGACCAUCUGGGAAUCCUGUCCCAGGAAGGCAAAGAAAACUUUUACUCUGGCUUCCAAAGACAACAAGAAAUGGGCAGGAGACUCACAAGAUCGACUUGCUGACUGGCUGAAUGAAGCCGAGUACGCAGCUAUAGACCCUGAGGAUGAAUCUGAUGAGGACGAUGAGAAGGUGCCCAAUUUAAUGGUGCAUGUAGACGAUGAGGGCUAUCCUUGCCUACCGACAGGCUUUGAAUCUCUCAUACUCAAGAACCAGCAGAAGGUCGUACGAAAGGUAUUUCAAAAGGCUUAUGCGGUCAUCUCAAACAACCCUCGGGCUGUGGUCCCCUGGGGUCAUAUUACCCAAGAUCCAGACCAUUACCUUGACAUGGACUGUAUCCCCCGGAAUGUCAUCAUCAAGGAUCCUUCUCACCUGCAGAAGGAAGCCAUCAGCAUGAUCUUUUCACUUUGGAAAUAUCAUGCUAACCGUAAUGAACCAGUUGUACGGUUUGUUGGGUACAAGGAAGGUGACUUCUAUGAUUCACUGGCUAAGCAGGGGGAUGACAAGGUACUGAAGAAGGCCCCCCAAGCCAAUCUUUCUUCUGACAAAGAGGAAGACUUGGCAAUACAUGCUAGCUACGCUCCAUCUCUUUUCAAUUCCUGCCCAAAAUUCCAUAUUGGCGGUGACAUAGUCAGUCAUCUUCAGUCUCUCUCUAUCCUCCCAUCAUAUCGUCGUCUCUUGGCCACAGUUCAAAAACUUUCCAAGACAAUCCUAAGGGCAAGGCUAGGAAGCAACAUCUGCCUGUCUGGGCAUCUUGGACAUGGUCUGAGGCAUAUCUACCCUCAAAAUAUGCACGAUAAUUUUCAGUUGUCCUUUCUGGCUUUGGAGGAGCUAGAGAACUAUAUCAUCAAAUCUCGUGGUUGGGGUAUGAUUGUUGUCCUGGGACUUGGACUCCUCCUUUGUGAGUGUAGCUGUGCUCAGGAGUAUGAAGCAGAUGAGGCUGGAGAUGAUGUACCUGAAUAUUCGGAUAACUCCAUCCUUGGUAUCCAGGCAGGGGAGAAGAUCGAGGAGGCAAUUACUAAAAUCCAGGUGAAGGUGGAUGCAAUGCUGCCAGGUGAUAAUGAGAAGCAGAUGACAGCGAGUGAAAGAGAGGAGGGAGGCAGAGCAGGCCAGGGUGCAGAAGAAAAGAAGGUGGAUGAGGAGGAUCGGGUUGCUGAGGAGAAGAAGGUAGUGGAGGAAAAGAGAGCUGCUGAGAUUGUUGAGGCAUCUCGGAUGGCUGAGGAGAGGGCUACCACCUCAAAGAAGGCAAGCAAUACUAACACUGGGGGAAAAGGGAAGGUCAUGAAAAAGGUGAAGACAUCUGCUCCUCCAGAUCCUCCUCGUCGCUCUACCCAAGAGAGAGUAGCUUCAAAGAAGUAUAAGGACUGA